CGCAGGGCAGUCACAGGCUCGACAAAUAUGUCACGGCAGACGGCGCAAAUAAGCUCCUCGUCAAGAGAUAUGACCUCCAUGCCAAACAAAUGUACGGUUCAGAAUAUAACCAACACGAGGGCGCUCCCUUCAAUAACUAGUUAUGGAGACUAUGGUGCAACCAUGGACAAAAGUCCCCUGUUGAAAACAUUGAUGAAUGCCGAACCGGCGGCCAAUUCUGCAGCCAUACAGCUCAUGUCAUUCAAGGAGACACUGGAGGACGAAUUUGCCGACUCAAGACACUCUUCUUCUGAUAACCGGCGGAUGUCAAGGCAGAGAGGCCUUCUGCUGGAGAAGUUGGAGGUUUUUAAACGGAAAAACAAGUCUGUUCGACAGCAACUCCAAGACCUGAAGGAUGCAGAGGCUUCUCGAAUGGAGACAGACAAACACAUCGAUCUCUUACUAAAGAAGCUUACACAGGCUGAGUGUGAUAAUCUGAAUUUGAAAGGAGAUUUGAAUGAUAAAGAAAAAAUGUCUGAAGAACUGAUGGGUUUGCGGAAGAAAGAAAUGGGCCAGCUACGCAGCAGGGAGGCCGACAACAACCGUCUCACCGUGCAGCUCUGGGGUUUGGAGACACAGUUGACAGAACAGAAGCUGGAUGGUCUGAGGGGGAGAUCUCUGGUGUUUCGGAGAAGGCAGCGCAGGAGAAAGAAGUCCUGAAGAAGGCCACCCGCGCCCAGAAACAGAGGGCCCAGAAGCUGCUGUGGAUAAAAGCUACACGAAGCUGAGGGAAAAAAAUGUUCAGCUGGCUGAGGUUCAUUCAGAGAGGGACACAUGGAGGAGACAACAGGAGCAGAAGACAGAUGAGAGAAUACAGCUUGAUGCACAGAUAGGACUGCU